AUGAGGAAAUCCUGGUUCGAAUUGACGCACUAUUAUUACCUACCUCCUCAUCUUCCUGACGAGGGUGGCGGUUUUGCAAAUGGUCAAAUGUGCUUAGGGCAUAUCGUUAAGGAUUUCAAGCCCUUUGAAUGUUCGGAAGAGCCCAUCAACCAGAGUAAAGAAGGCAUUAUGUUCGCACCAGCUGUCACAAUUAAUCAUACUACAUGGAAGGAGGUGGAAGGUAAACAGUCAGCGCCAAUAGGAGCCGGGGUUUCAAUUCUCGCUGCACAUCAGACUAAAUUUGCUUGUGGGAAUCCCGAGGAGAAUUGCAAAGAGGGUGCCACCUUUGAUCGAUACACCUUUGAACCAGAUCGAGAGUUCAUAAGCAGAAUCCUUGAAGAUGAGAAGGUGGCCGCGCAUAUUAAACGGACUAAAGGCGUUCAGCUGCUGGGAUUUGGCGGCCGAUGGAGCGUUUACAUGGUUACAGGGAUUACUGUUGCCAGGGACGCCAAACUACGAAUAGAAUUGUAA